CACAAGAAUUGGUUGCGAGAUGCAUGAAAAUGCUGACCAGUACUGCGAGACCUCUUGCAUUUUGGGCGGGAUAUUGCCGCCCAGCUGUCCUUGUCGUGUCCCAGCACCUUCCCCCUUGGUCCGUUCGGAUCCCGAGUCCCAUUGUCUGUGGGGUCAACCCAGGGAUCGGCGGAAACCAGAAUAGGUUCAUAAGUGUGUUCCCCCAACGAUGGAAGGAUAUACGUGGGCAAACUCUCCAAAACCAGUGGGAUGCAGCGCUAAAGGCAGUGAUGAGUCACAUCUGGCUCCGACCUGGAGUUUCCGAGACAUAGCGACUCGUCACCGUACCAUACCCCUCUAUAUGAAUUGGACCAUGGGAUCGAUCACAGCCGUUGCAAUUAAAUGACCUCGCUCACCAUCGGGUGAUGUAGAUUCGCGCUGUGAAACUGGAGAAAACCAACGAGAACAGGGCACAGUGUAUGGAUGACGAUAUCGGAUAUGGGUCAGAUUCUGACACGCAACUAGAUUCACAUGAAGCGAUACUUUGCAUGAUCCGUGACUAUCACCUCACAGCUGAUAUCUUAGCUGAGCAACUGUAAGCGAUAAGCGUACAGAACCGUAUAUAAGCUAGAACCUUUGUAGAUAGAAAAGACAGAGAUCUUGUAUUUUACACCCUCUAGUGUAAUAUCG